UUGCCACGGAUGCUUGAAUUUAUUUUUUUCGAUCCUGUGCUUAUCGCUUUUUAGGGCUGGCAGGUGUUUGAUUAGAUAUUAACAGGCGGAAGAUAUAAAUAGUCGGCUCGCGCUGAUGGAAAAUCAGAUAAGUCGUAAUAUCACCACCUAGUCACACUCCACGGGUCGAUGAUGAAAGUUCACGUUUCUGUCACCAUCAUUGUUACGUUUUGCGUCGCGGUAUCCUUGCAGGAUACUCCUCACGCACCGUGUUCCGAUGGACCAUUGCCGACGUCUUUGCGCGUAGAAGGAUGUUCCAAGUCUCCUUGCAACCUCUACAGAGGGUCGGACCUGAAAGCAGAGUGGGAUUUUGAUAUUAAGUCUGAUAUGGAAAAGCUGGAACCUAGUGUGCGGGUCAAUGUUGGACUAGGGUGGAUGAAGUAUCCUUAUCCCGAGCCGGACGCGUGCAAGUCUUUGUCGAAAAGCAAGUGUCCGCUGCGGAAGGGUGAUAAAGCGACGUACCAUUUGAAAAUGCCAAUAAGCCAGAGCUAUCCGCCAGUGGAAUUGAAAAUUGAGUUUGGUUUGAUAAAUGAGAAGAAGGAGGUUCAGGUGUGUUUCAUAUUGAAGUGCAAAGUAGUGAAUAAGCGGUCUCUCUGAGGACUUGAGGUUUUUCCACGAGGCUUAUAAAAAGCGUUUGACGACGGACAAAUUUUGUACAUUUACAACGACAACGGUUAAUAGACGAAGUGGUAAUAUCAUAUGUUUAAUUAUUAAAAAAAACAUUUUAUCAGUUAA